AUUAUAUUAUUAUCAUGUCACCAAUUAAGAAGUUUAUAAAGGUCAUUUUUAUAAUUAAUCACGAUGUAUUCAGAAAAGUAUAUAAAGUAUAUAUACCUUAAACUUCUCUCAAACUUUCUCAUUUCUUAAGCAAAUUUUCUGCUCAAAUUUUUUCUAAAAAAAAAACUAACCGCUUUUACAAGAACAAAAUGAUGUUGUCGCUUAAUUGUUUGAUUCUAGGACAAGCUUCUAAAAAAAGUCUCACUGAAAACAUUGGCGAAACAUAUGAAGAUGAUAGUGGUGUUGUAAUCGAAUUUUCUAAAUUUACAGUUUCAAACUUCAAAGAGAAGCUCUUUCAUAGAGAAGAAGUAAAAGUUAUAGUUCAAAAUACUGGUAAAAUGGAUCUUUGGAAAGUUGACGGCAAGAAAGUUUAUGAAGAAGAAAACAAUCUUAAAGAAUUUACUAAAAGUGACAUUAAAGAUAAACUCAGAGGCGAAAAGAUGAUCCCUCAAUUUCCGCUUGAAGAUUAUUUUAAGGCUAAGGAAACUAAUAUACAGGACAUCCAUGUCUUCAUUGUUUCCACCUCCACUGGUCCUUCUCAGCAAGGCAUUUCACAAGUGACUACUAUUUUCAAAGAAUUUCUCAACAGCAAACACGGUGAAUUUCUCAAAAAAUACAUAAGGAAAAAUGAUCCGUUGCCAUCAUACAAAUUACGAAUACACCUUAAAUCAAUUGUACCUGCUUCCUUUACGGGUGGACGCCCUACACUUUUAAAGUACAAUCUCCCCAGAAGUAAUGAAAACCAUGAACCAAUUACCCACGUUUCAAAUGUUCAGUCCACGAUUGCAGAAGCCAAGAACAAUUUAUUGAUUUUUUUAGGAACAUCUGGAUAUGAAAAAAUGAGGACUUGGGGGCUUUAUUUUGUCACGUCUAGAAAAGGAAAUGGAGGUUCAGCUGAUAUCGAGAAAAUCCAAACUUAUCUUGAAAUAAAAAUGACAAAAGAUUUUGAACAAAACUGCAAAAGUGCAUUAGGAAUUAUGCGUUCUGCAAUUCUCUCUUGA